AUGACUUUUAUGGCAGUGAUUAAAUCUCGAAAUUUGCCAAAUUUGGAUGAACAAGAACAAACGGACGAUGACAUAAAAGAAAUGAAGAAAGGUUCACAUGUAUGCCAAUACUGCGAUAAGCAAUUUACCUCUUUGAAAGCUUGGAAACAACAUCAUAAAGAAGUACAUUUUCAAGUUAAACCCUAUAACUGCGGAAUGUGUGAUAAAACGUUUCAGUAUGAAUCCGAAUUACGUGGUCAUGUUAUACUUCAUGGAAAGGGAAAACCUUAUCCGUGCAUGCAUUGUGAAGAAACAUUUAAUCGAAAAGCGAAUCGAGAUAGGCAUGCAGAGGCGAAGCAUGUCAUUGAUAAAAAUUACAAGUGUAUCGUGUGUAAGAAAUUUUUCAAAAUUCAGCAGGAUUUGCGUGAUCAUAUAGACACAGAUCAUCCUGAAAGAAAGUACAAAUGUAACGAAUGUCCAUCUACAUUUACUCAUCAGAGGACCUUUAACGCGCACAUAAAGAUUAUACAUAAAGGCGGUAGAACACAUCUUUGUAAGGUUUGUGGCAAAACCUUUCGUACCAAACAUCACAGGGACAGCCACAGUUUGGUACACAGUAAUAAAAAGCAGUAUGAAUGUUCGAAGUGUGGCAAGGGCUUCAAACAUAGAAACACAUUUAUUGUACAUUUGCGAAAGGAUCACAGCGGUGACACCACAGAGGUGACACACACUUGUAAGAAAAAUGAAGAACAAAUAGCUCAACGAAUUAUGACCAUUCUUAACGAAGCAGCUCAACAAUCUGAUCAAAAUUAAACAUAAAGCGAGUGUCAAUAGAGCGUUAAUUGGAGUAUAAAGCCAGUGUAAAGAGAGAGUAACGGAAACGUAAAUGAAACCCAUAAGAAGCAAAAAUUGGAAUAUGGAAUGUAAAGGGAGCGUCGACUAAACGUUAAAGAAACAUAAAUAAAGUAUAGAUAAGUUCUUCGGCAAGCACGAGCAGAAUGUUCGUUGAAUGUAUACAGAGCGUGAUUAAGCAAUUUAGAGAACGUAAACGGAACAUCGUCAAGUUCUUAGAUGAACGUGAAUAAAAUAUAAUCGAGGUCCUUGGUAAGCAAACGAUAUUUUAAAAUAUAUUUC